CAGCUGACAGUGACGCUCCCGGGGAAAAAGAUCCCUGUUCCUGAAACCUGGGGCGCUGCAGCGGGUGGCGAGCGUCUCUGUCCCUGCCGCUUAGCCGCCUCUUCCGUCUGGCUGCGGGAGGGCGCUUGGCGGCGGUGGCAGCGCGAGCAGCUCCGGCGGGCAGAGGCAGCGCGAGGGACAAACCCGCUAAUCCUUCGUGCGUCCAGCCAGCGAGGUAGAGCCUGAGGAUCGAGACUAACCAGCAACCCAGCAGAGAGCAACUGCCUAGCUCGGAAGCGCUCGGGGAAUUGCGAUUCCUAUACCAUCCUUGCAGGCGUUGAGACGGCAGGGCUCGCCAGCACGGGGGCUGUGGGCCGUGGGCCGGUCUACAGACGUUUUCAGCCUGGGUGUGAAGCAGGCUGCUCUUGUCAACCUCCGGUACCCAAAUCUAAUUACCCCAGUUCAUGGAUUAUCUGGGAGAAAAUAAAGAAGCAUGUGGCUCAGGGAUUCCAGAGGCAUCUCCACUGCUGAAAAUGGGUGUUUUUAUACUGUCCCCACAGAACUGCAGACGGAAGUGCAUCCAAGUUGCCAAGUGUUUUCGAGCCCUUUGCUGCAAAGGACCUCCACCUCCACGACCAGAAUAUGACUUGGUUUGCAUAGGUCUCAGUGGCUCCGGCAAGACAAGCCUGUUGUCCCAGCUCUGCAGCGAAAAUAGAGAAAAUAUAGUGUCCACUACAGGUUUUAGCAUAAAAGCAGUGCCGUUCCAGAAUGCUAUCUUGAAUGUAAAAGAACUUGGAGGGGCUGACAAUAUCAGAAAAUACUGGAGUCGUUACUAUCAAGGAUCUCAAGGAGUAAUAUUUGUAUUAGACAGUGCUUCUUCAGAAGAUGAUUUAGAAAUUGCUAGGAAUGAACUGCAUUCUGCGCUGCAGCAUCCACAAUUAUGCACUUUGCCAUUUUUAAUAUUGGCCAAUCAUCAAGACAAGCCAGCUGCUCGUUCAGCACAAGAGAUCAAAAAGUAUUUGGAACUUGAACCACUUGCACGAGGGAAACGUUGGAUACUUAAACCCUGUUCCUUGGAUGACAUGGAGUCAGUAAAAGACAGCUUUGGCUUCCUGAUAAAUUUACUAGAAGACAGAGAUCUUGAGCCUUCAAGUAUGUGAAGAAAACAAGAACGGCUCUCGGAUAACAAUGUACCUGUUUGUCUCUCUUUCAAUGAAUUAUGGUUUGGUAUACAGAAGGAUGUGUAAGAGCUUGUAAUAAAUAUAUUUUUGCAUUAAUCCCAGAAAGUCUGUUUAUAAAUUCUGUGAAUCAGAUUUAUGAUUAUUUUCAUUAAUGGCGCCUGUACUACUGAAUCAUGAAUUCUUAUUUACCAACAAAUCAGUUCACUGUAUGAGAGUUCCUGAACUGUAAUAGCCAUAAUGCAGAAUUUUGUUGCGCAGCCAAAGUUUAAAUCUAGCUGUAAAUGGAAACCCAAAGUUUUUUGAAAACGUAGUCGUUGAGAACCAGAUUACAUUUUGAAACCAAGGAAUUCAUUUUGAUGCAAAGAACACCAAACUUUUCAAAGAAUAUAUUCCACCUCCACUUUUUAACAAUUACAAAUUGAUUUUUUUUUAAAAAAACCCCAUUAAUUUAGUAGGAUGUAUGGCAAAAACAUCAUUCAUCGAACAAUGAAAAUAUCAGUAUUUUGUUAGUAUUUGGAAGCCUCAAGUGCAAAUUGCCUUUGUAAAAUAAAAUUAAGUUAAUAAUUGUGUAAAAUGAUGAAAUGGAGGCUACCUUGUAGUUAAAAACAAGAACAAUAAACAAGAUUAAAUAAUCACUGGAUGUAUUAUUCUUCAUGACUAGUGUUAUGCUAGAGUUCCUAGCCUUUGGAAUUAUUAAAAAAAUUCAGUGUCUCUGAAUUAUAUUCAAAAGUCUACUGUCUAUAUUUUUUAAAUACCCCUAUUUUCAGGGGCUUAGAUUUCUUUUAAAUUUCAUUCCAGACUAAAUAUUGUAGAAAAAAGCUUUUCUUCCUGAGAAUAGAAAAUUUUGUUGUUGUUUUUAUACAUGACAACACUCCAAGAAUGUAUCAAUCUUCCAGUUUUGCUUAUUUUGGAAGAAUGCUUCAAAAUUUAAAACUGCCUUGUUCAUAAUACAGCACUGAAUUGCUCUUAGUUGAAUUUGUAUAUUAGAUAUUAGAAUCCUUGAUCAAAACUAGAGUGGAACAGGUCUUGAGAUACUGCAAGAUUUGGUUUUGUUUCCUCAUUUUUGGCUUGAUUUUUCUUUAAUUUUAAAAGACAAUUGAAGAAAGAAAUCACUUGCAAAUAAUGCCAUAGUUACAUGAUUUACACCUGUACAGGAUUGAGAAGUAAAAGUUCUAGCAUGUGAUUUCUUCUAUAAAUUUGCUUGUUAAAAACAUUUAUACCCUCCCCCCAAUCAUUAGAUAUAGGGGAAACAGCCAGUUUUACUUUUGAUUAUUCCUGAUGCCACAUGUAUAUAAUUAUAUGUAUAUAUUAGUAGUGGUGAGAUUAUGUAGAAAUUAAAGUAGACCAAAAACUAAGAAUUGUAAUGCUAAUUGAUUUUUUGACAUCACCACUUUUUCCAUCCUGCAAUGCCAUUUCUAUAGUGAUAGGCAUUUUGAAUUAUACAGAACAAUACUUGUUUGGAAGGCAUGUGGCAGUAUACCAAUUAAAUAAAUAGGUCCUUUUAGUUCAUAUUUUAUAACUCUUUAGAUCCAUCACUAAAGACUAAGAUUAUAUAUGAAUGUGAUAAUUUUCAUUGACUCAAAUCAUUCUUCAUUUACAUUGACAAAAAAAUUCCUUUUAUAUAAAUAUGAUUAAAAUCAUUUAAGAGGAAACAAUGGAUCUAACUCUGUAACAGUAAUUGGACCCUCUUUGUGUCUUUAAAAGAAUGCUAUGACUAGCAGAUGAGAGUCAAACAACUUUGCCACCUCUAGUCAUGAAUUUACCCCUGAUCUAGUUAAAAACUGAUAAAAGAAAGUUAAUUAGGAGCAAAAAAAGUAUCUAGAUCCUUUGUAAUAUCAUUUAUAGACUAGGAUUCUAUUCCUAACUAUAAUUAAGAGUGAGCAAUGUAUUCUGUGGAGUUUUCUUAUGAUUAACAUAUAUACAGCCCAGCUGCAGAACUUUUAUGAAAAUACAUUUUACAAAAAUAUUUCUCUUAAGAAUUUUCAUCAAAAAAGUUUGACUUCUGUUCUACUUGAUAAAAAAAGAUACUUCAAAUCUGCUAUGUGACUUCAGAUCAUCCCUUUUAUUUUUAAUGUCUAUUGGAUUCCAUUUUGGAGUAGCAAUUAAUAUUGUAACAUUUUUGUAUUCUUAAACAGCUCACAUUUCCUAAAAAUAUAUAUAAAAAAGCAUGACCUACUUAAAGUGUUCUUGAAUGUAUAUUAAUCAGUAAGCGGUUUUUACUCUGCUCUAUUCCCUUCCCCACCUGAUCUGGGACUCCAUUAUAAAUGACAUAAAUUUCCCCUUCCAUAUUCUAGCUCACACUGCUGAGAAAAAUUCACCAGUACUGAAUAUUCCUGCUUUAAUUGAGGAAAUUGUGGUGCUGCACUCUUCCAGGCAUCUGUUAAAUUACUUUCUGGGUGCGCUUGUGAGGGUGCCGGUGCCCGUGUUGGGCUUUUUCUCAGACUGAUGACUGUCUGCAGCACUUGAGCAGUAAGAAUGAAAACACGAUCAAUCAGUAUCCCACUGCAGCUGUUUGGACAGGUUUCUGCCAGGUUCGAAUGCUUUACAACGGUCAGUGACUCCUUUUGUCUGCUCAGAGUGUUGCUUGAUGUUUAUAUCAUGUGCUCAUAUUCCCCCAAAGUGCUUACAUUUUUAAACUUUUAAUGUGUUCAGUGUUUUUGCCUGUCCUGUAUAAUGUGCCUCUGCCACAUGUCUGCAAUUACAUAUUCAAAUACUGUAACCCAAUGUAUGUGUUGUAUUAUUGAGCUUCUUGCAUUUCAUUAUUUAUAGAGGUUAAUAGAUUUUUGUACUUAUCUAGUUAACCCAGAUGCCCCUUUUUUGUAACAGCAAGUAAUUUAUAUUAUAAAGAUUUGUAUCUUACUGUACUUAAAAACAAUGAGAGCCAACUCUCCAAAUAUCCCUAACUUUAUACUAAAAUACAGCAUUGUUAAUACAUUUCAGGCAGAAAAUUGCCAUGCAGAAAGAACUGUUUUGUGAUUUAUGUAGUUUACACUAACCACAAUGACAAUAAAUGCUGUGUAGAACA